AGUAGCAUUUGAAAGCGACCUGUCUGCGUGCUGGUGCUUGUUCGUGCCUGUGACUCCUAGACCGUUUCCACUGCAAAGCUAGUGCAGCUACUUGUCGCCGUUUCGUUUUUUAGCGGGGGCGUAUAUGUGAACUUGAAGCGAGCCAUCUCGGUGCUUUAAAGCACACCCUCACAAUGUCCACUACUAGCCGCCAGUAUUGGUCUAUGAGUGAAACUAAAGCCUUGCUAAACAUAUGGGCUGACGAGAAUGUGCAGCAAAAAAUGGAGGGCGUUUGUCGGAACGAAGAAGUCAUUCAGUUCAUGGUAGAGGAGUUGGCAAAGUUAGGUAUCCAGCGCACAACCACCCAAGUAAGGGAAAAACUAAAAAAAAUGAGACAUUUGUAUAAGACUGUCAAGAGUGAUGGACGAAAGAAGUUCCCCUUUUUUGACUUAAUGGACAGUGUACUCGGACGACAAGGAGGGGCAGAGGGUCAGCUAGGGGCCAGUGAAACUCCCAAAUGCGAUAAUGCCCAGCCACCUUUGGCCCAGCCAGGAGACAGAUCACACUCUACAGACAGCAGCGGGAUCUCUGCCGUCAGAAGGGGUAAUCAUCCUGGAUUUCAAAGGGUCAGAUCUGAGACUCAUAAACGGAGGGCUGACAAUGACACUACAAAAGAGUUUCUCACUGCUAUGACAGAGUGCCACAGACAGUGGCUGGAGAAGGAGCAGGAGCAGAGGCGGGAAGAGUGGGAGAGGGAAGCUAAGCUGAGGCGUGAGGAGAUGCGGCAGGAGCUGGCUUUACGCAGAGAGGAAGCAGAAAGAGAGGAGAGGCUGAGGCGUGAGGAGAUGGAGGCUCGAAGCAAAGACAGUGAGCUGCUGACCUCUUGCUUAAUGCAAAUUGCAAAGCUUAUUGCAAAGGACCCUGCAGCUUUGUAAAGACAUAUGCCUUUGGCUGUUUUAUGAAUGGCACAUUUUUGAUGGCCAUGGAUGUAUCUUUAUUUACUUUGUAACUACAAACACAUUCUAAUCCUGCUACAGAACAAUGGACUGAUGGUAUUUGAUCAGUUACCCUUUAUUCUGAACACUACUGCAUGGCUUUGCUUGACAAAUGUCAAUGUCAUGUAUUUUCUCUUUACCUUAAAAGAAAGAAAAUGAUUAUUAUUUUAAUGUAUUUUUUUCACUGUAAUAUCUUUUAUGUAACUGUUGUGAUUAACAGCUUGUAUUCUAGUUCAUUUUAUAAAUGAGUCAUUCAAUGCACAACCCAUAGCCGUUAACAGCCUCAGACUAUUUUUUGGUUUUGUUUGGAGUUUUACCACUGUGAAAUUGUCCAAGUCAUAUAAUUCAUAUAAUAUUGCUUCAUAAUUUUAAUGAAUAGGGUAAACAAUGUGUGAAUAAAAUAUUUAAAUAAAGCUCUAAACAGUCUUAA